AGCGCCCCUGCUCAUCCUUGUCCCUCCCCGGAGUAAGCGUGCUCGCUGACCGCCCUCUCGCGCCUCACGCCUUCUCUUGCCUGCUGUCCUCGGUUGCCGCUCUCGUGCACAUUCGCAUUGCCAUUUCUCUCGCCGUUCUGCUAUCUCGACCGAGCCCACCAUGAGUGCCCCAAGCAAGCGUCGCAUCGAGACUGAUGUCAUGAGACUGCUGAUGUCCGACUAUGAGGUGAACCUCGUGAACGACAGCAUGCAGGAGUUCUAUGUUCGCUUCUACGGGCCUGCAGAAACUCCUUUUGCGGGCGGCGUCUGGAAGAUCCAUGUCGAGCUCCCAGAUCAGUACCCGUUCAAGUCGCCCAGUAUUGGCUUCAUGAACAAGAUAUUUCACCCUAAUAUUGACGAACUGAGUGGCUCCGUGUGUCUCGACGUGAUCAACCAGACAUGGUCUCCCAUGUUCGACAUGAUCAACAUCUUCGAGGUGUUUCUUCCCCAGCUCCUCCGGUACCCAAACCCGAACGAUCCCUUGAACGGUGAGGCUGCCGCGCUGCUCAUGCGUCAUCCAAAGGAGUAUGACGCGAAGGUGAAGGAGUAUGUGUCACGUUUCGCUACCAAGGAGGCAGCAGACGCCGCCGCGGGCAAGGAUGAAGACGAGGAUGAGGAUGCGGAGAUGAGCGACAUCGGCAGUAUCAGCGAAGAUGAUGCAUGAUCCGUUCCG